UAUGCGUAGAUAGCUUUAUCAAAUGUCUAACAAACACUCCAUUUCGCGCACACUAGGACUUGCAUAUUACCAGACAGAGCACUGAGGAGAACAAGCGUGUCAAAGAUCGCGUGUGAGAUCAACGAAAAUAAGCGUAUAUGCGAUACUACAUUAGUGAUAUCAUUCUGUUAUUAUUAAUACAGUAAUCGAACGACCAUCAGCCAUGAACAUCAGCUUCGAAGGAAAGCGUAUUCUCGUGACCGGCGCUGGUCAAGGUAUCGGUAAAGAAUUGGCCCUACGUCUCUCCAAGUACAAGGGAGAGGUGUUUGCUCUCUCGAAAACGCAAAAGAACUUGGACAAUUUGGUGACAGCCGAUCCGAAAAUACAUCCGGUCUGCGUCGAUCUUCGCGAUUGGGAUGCAACUCGGAAGGCCAUUCAGAAUAUUUUGCCGAUCGAUCUAUUGGUCAACAAUGCCGGUGUCGCGUGCCUUUCACCAUUUUUGAACGCUACAUCGGAGGAAUUCGACUUGAUUUUUGAUAUCAAUGUGAAGGCUGUAUUGAACGUGUCCCAGGUUGUAGCCAAGAGCAUGAUCGAACGCAAAAGCGGCGGCAGCAUUGUAAAUAUAUCGUCGCAGGCCGGUCAGGCGGCAUUGAAGGAUCACACCGUUUAUUGCGCGUCCAAAGGAGCUCUUGACAUGUUGUCAAAGACAAUGGCUCUUGAGCUAGGGCCGCAUAAUAUAAGAGUUAAUUGCGUCAGUCCUACAGUUGUGAUGACGGAAAUGGGAAAAUUGGGUUGGAGCGAUCCGCAGAAAGCACAAGCCAUGAUUAGCAAAAUUCCAUUGGGUCGAUUUGCUGAAAUUGACGAAGUAGUGGAUCCUAUUAUAUACUUAUUGAGCGACCGAAGUUCCAUGAUUAACGGCAUCUGUUUGCUCGUUGACGGCGGUUUCUUAGUGUAGUUUAACAUAAAAAGAAAUUCAAGAUCUUGUCUUUUAAAAAGGAAUAUUCAAUCGUAUUUUGGAUACAUGAAUCUCUAUUACAAAAAUUCUAUAUUUAUGGAUUUAGAUUCAGAUUAAUGUAGUGACAUCCUUUUUAUAACAACGUUAUAUAAAAUAAAUAAAAGGUAAGGAUUAUCUAAUAUAGUUAUGCCUUUAAUUUACAUGAAAUUUGACAGGAUUAUUGAAGGGGCUUGGAUAGAACAGUUGAUACAGAAUCUAAACGUGUUUUUUUUUUCAUUCAUUUCAAUUUAAUUUAAAAAAUGCUUCAUUUCCUCUUUUCUUCAUCUUCAACUAGGUUCGAAACAGACAUCGACAGAGAAAGCUGCGAACAAACGAGACGAAUCCGUAUUUAGCCACGGAUGUCUCGCGAGUAUAUUUUCGAAAAUAUUCUGCCGAAAUAUAGCGCAUAUGUACGUAUAGUUCGCGAGCUCUCCUCUGCCGUAGUUGCAUUCGAUCUAAAUAACGCGAACGCUUUUCUUUCGGCUCCUAAUUUACUCCUAUGGUGAACAUAACGCAGCGGAGAAACUAAGAUAGCCUGCUGAAGGAAACAAUACAAAUCGAAUAUGUCACAUUUUCCUUUCGAUAUCGUGUUAUUUCCACAGUGACAUGUCUCAAAUCUGCAGGGUGUCCGAAAAAGUUAUAUGUAUCUUUCAUCUCAUACUUAGCAUCAGAUUUCAAAUUCGAUGAAAAAUUCAAUAGAAUAGUCAGUAAUAUAAUUAAUUAUUUAAAUUUUGACGGCAUCUUUAUUAUAUAUUUUAAUUGAAUAGAGAAAUAGAAGGCGGUAAGUGACUUUUGUAAUUUACGAGUAUGUUCUGUAUAAACUAUUUUUUCAACGAAAUUAUUCCAGCUUGAAUAAGCAAAUUUAUUAAUGUACUACAAUCUUCAAUGUCAACCUAAUCAAUUACAAGGAAUGAAUAAAUGUAAUAAUUUCUAUUGCAA